AUGGAAACCCCCUCCAUAGCCAAGGUGAGCCUAAAACUCCUCAUUGACACCAAGGAAGAAAGAAUCCUCUUCGCGGAAGCAGAGAAAGACUUUGUCGAUUUCCUCUUCAACCUUCUCCAUUUGCCCGUUGGAACCGUGGUAAGGCUCCCCACGGCGGAACUAAGUGAUCAACAAACCAUGGCGGGCACUCUCGGCAACCUCUACGACAGUGUCCGAAACCUGAAGGAAACCUACUUCCAGUCUAACCAAACCAGAGACUUUCUCCUGAAACCGAAAGUCCCGUUCUCUGCCACACAAGUACUUCCCCUCUUACGACUCGAGGGCGGCACAUCCGCCGCUAAAACGUAUUACACUUGCCCGACCAACGGCAACGCCUUCAGCAAAAACGGUUUCCAUAGCGCGUACCAAUUCCACGAAUAUUUCUCGGAUAAUGCCCGUGCCGUUUGUCCCAGUUGCAGCAACAGUUUGUCGAAGGAGAUUUCUAGCAUUACAAUGCUGAACAAACUUAUGGCCCGUUUGGAUGGAGGAUUUGAUUUUGGGUGGAUAUGUAAUGAGGGUGGAUAUGCAACGAGGGGUGAUAAGUAA